AUGCUUGCUGGAAGAAAUACGUCGCCCUUAGAAGAAAGUGAAUGGGAGUACUUGGAGGUUGUAUUAAACAGAUCUCCAGGACAGAACCAGAGCUUCGGAUUUACCAUUGCUGGGGGUUAUGAUGCCCCACAGGAGAAUGGAGAUCCCAGCGUAUACGUGACAAGGCUGGCACCCGGCGGUGUUGCAGAUGUUGAUGAUAGACUACGACCGUUUGAUCAGAUCAUUUCUGUCAACGGAACCGAUCUUACUUGUGUAUCCAACGAGGAGGCCGUACAAAUUCUACGGGAUGCUGGGGAUACUCUGGCUCUGAUCAUUCGACGUUAUCUCGGAACCGAAUCCAACUCCGAAAUGGCCUUCCCAAUUCCUACAAAAAGAGCCAAUGAGACCCGAGCUAUUCCUAAUGCUGAGGCGGAACUUGAUGGGGAGGCCCCCAGUGUCAGCGAGACGUACUGGUAUGAGGUUGACCUUGUGAAACCCUCAGAGGACAUGGGACUCGGUUUCAGCAUCGCCGGUGGCCAUGACGUCAAUGAUCAGUCUGCCUACGAGGGUAUAUUUGUAACCAGAAUCAGCCCGGGAGGCCUGGCAGCGGCGAAUGGACAGAUCCAACCUGGGGAUCGUCUAUUUCAGGUUAACGGUAUGGAUCUGGGGACAGCGACCCACGAGGAGGCGGUGCGUAUGCUCCGCAACGCAGGAACUCGUGUUCACCUCGUGCUCUGUCGACCGCCUCCACUCAGUGAUCAGGGCGGUGGGCUUUGCACAAUUGUUGUCAUACCACAAAAGGUGGCGGAACAAGCAUGUACCGUCCUGGAAGCCCGGUGGUAG